AUGGCGUCGUUAUGGAGUAUGUGGGGAGGUGAUAUGUUCCCGGCCGAGAAGGACCCCAAGGGCGGUAUGUUUCUCCCAUCCGACGUUCUUUUGUCUAUUGCCCUUUUUCAACCUUCUCACUGGUCUUGUGGUUCAGAUCCCAAUUACUGGACCGAGAGCGAGCUCAGACGAUGGCUGAAAUCGCGAAAUCUGGAACCCGACUCGAAGAUGACCAGAGCCGAGCUGCUGGAACGCGUCAAGGCGAAUCUGAGGCCAGACUCGAGCGCCUAA